AAUCAUCAAAUCAGAGUUCUAUUAAUUCGGCCUUUGGCUUUGGAAUCCUUCUCUAUCACCAACUCAUUGCUCGGUGAUCUUUUCGUCACCAUUUUAUCUCUACCGAUGAGAAAAUGGAUCAAAGCGGUAAACUCCUCAAGGAUACCAGAGGAUACAGUUGUGGCAGAUGCCGACAAAGAUUAUUACCAAACACAUCAAAUGUCCCAGAAAUCCAACUCCAAUGCCCAGCAUGCAAACGAAUUGCAUCUGCUGCUGCAUGUAAAACAGAUGGCACCGUUUCUUACGUUGUCGAAAAGUUCAAGAAUAAGUUGUUACGACGUAAUAAUCGUCAAGAAAGUGAUGAUUCAGAGAAAUUCAUCUCAUUGAAUUGGAACCCUUCUCCAUUGAAGUCAUCAUCACCACCUUCUUCUUCUCGAUCUGAUCGUAGACCGAGGAAACGAGCAGUGCUUGUCGGAGUAACUUACAAGAGGUGGAAGUACAUGCUCAAAGGAACUGUCAAUGAUGUCAGGAAUAUGAGAAGUUUCUUAAUCGAAAGUUUCAGUUUCCUACCACAGAACAUCCUCGUUCUCACAGAAGAUGAAACAGAACCCUAUCUAAUUCCUACAAAGAAAAACAUUCAGAUAUCCUUGCAAUGGCUUGUAAAUGAUUGCCGAUCGGGUGACUCACUGGUGUUCUAUUUCUCCGGCCACGGCUUGCGACAACCGGAUUUUAAUGGGGAUGAACGUGAUGGGUUUGAUGAAACAAUUUGCCCAGUUGAUUUCUUGAAAGAAGGAAUGAUUUAUGAUAAUGAUAUUAAUUCCACCAUUGUUUGGCCACUUCCUAAAGGUGUCACUCUUCAUGCUAUUGUUGAUGCUUGUCACAGCGGGACAAUUCUUGAUCUUGUCUAUGUUUACAACAGAGAAAAAGACGAGUGGGAAGACAAUUUUCCUCCAAAUGGUACAAGGAAACAUACCAAUGGUGGAUUAGCAAUUUCUAUCAGUGCCUGUGAAGACAACCAAAUGGCUGCGGAUACCACUGCUUUCACAGAAAAGGGCAUGAAUGGUGCUCUGACUUAUCUUCUAAUAGAGAUUGUGAAGAAAAACCCAAAUAGUACAUACAAAGAACUACUUGAUAAUAUACAUGAAGCCAUUGUUGCAGUCAAUAAUAGCGGAUGCCUUUUUUCAAGAGUCUUAAGAUCAGUGUUAGGCAACAUGAUAUUACAGAAGGCUCAACUUUCGGCUUCCGAACCAUUUGAUGUCAGAAAGAAAAAAUUUAUUUUGUAAUCAUAAGAAAAUAACAGAUGAUGAUCAGCAUUGUUUUGAAGACAAUUUACAACUCACUGAAUAUCAUAAGAGUAAGUUGUUAAUCGAGAAGAUUAAUCCGCUCACUGGUAUUGAAAUCAUCUACGAAAUUAUGAAGUCUAGAUCAGAGCCGAUAUCAAAAAAGUUAAUAGUACGAGAAUUAUUUUCAAUUUAAUCUGGUGAGGAUGAAGUUCAUGUAGAAUUGCUUUUGUAAUCAUAUGAACCAAAAAGUUCAAAAAUCAUUCAAAUUAAUGAAAAUUGAGAAAAGUGUCAC